AUGGGUUGUCCGCAUUGCAUGAAACACACUAAGGCUUUUACGUUGGAUAAAGGGAAAAAGAGCUCGUGGUUUGACUGUCACCGCCGAUUUCUACCAAGAAAUCAUACCUAUAGAAAAAACAAGACGGAUUUCAAAAAAGACGAAGUGGUAAGAGAUCAUCCUCCACCUCGAUUGUCACCAGGUGCUGUAUGGGAACAAGGAGACGAUAAUCCGGAUGAGAUUCAAAUCGUCGAUGGCAGAUAUUAUAUUACGCCUGUUGGACAUAAUUUUACUCCGAGUCGGACAGCUGCAAAGUGUGUGAGCUAUGUGAUUCAGCAAAUGUAUAAAGAUGCUUGGACGAGAUUUGGAGAAGUUCCAAAUAAGGAUGAUUGGUUUCAAAAAUUUAAGGAAAAGUGCACAUGGGAUGUUUUGAGCGAGAAGGCUGUUAAGAAAGUCUUUUUUACUAGGGCAUCAAAAAGACUUUCUGACACCUUACGACGUGUUAGAAAGCGUUGGGAACGUGAUAGUAGUUAUCCCGCUUGGGUGGGCAAAGACACUCUUGAUAAACUUCUGGUCUAUUGGGAUUCACCUCAAUUUAAAGCUAAAUCUGAAAGUGGCAAAAAAAUGAGGGCAUCUGAAAAAGGUGGGCACGUUAAUGCUGGUGGAAGUAUAAGCACCUACGAACAUAUGCGACGCAUGGAAAAGAGGUUGGGGAGAAAACCACUCAUGGUUGAGUUAGUUAAGGAGACUCGGACGAAAAAGUCGGGAGAGUAUGUUGAUGAGCGUACACGGCUAGCUUUGGAGGAUUAUCAAGAAAGGCUUGUACAGUUUUUGGUCACUAAUCCGCAAUUUACUCCUAGCGAAGGACAACCGCUUCAUCCAGAUGUUGAUUUUUAUAUUUGGAAUGAAGUCAUUGGCGGAAAAGGUCGUAAUGGAUGUUUUUUUGGUGGUGGAAGUAUGGCGGGAUGCUUGAGAAGUGGUGAUAGAAAUUUAUUUGAAAGAGUAAGAGAUGGGGAAGGAACGUCACGCCCAGCACAAUUGUCCCCACAAAUGAUGGAAACAAUAAGACAAUUGGCGAUAAGUGAGGCGAGACGCGAGUCAGAGCAACGUGAGAUGGCGUUAAAAGCCCAAUUAGAGGAGCAACAACGGCAAAUAGAGGCAAUGACGAAGAGGCAAGCGGAGAUGGAGGGGCAACAAAGCCUAAUAGAGAGAAUGGCCAAGAGGCAAGCGGAGAUGGAGGAGCAAAUGCGGCUAUUUAUGCAAUUCCAGGGAAACGGUAAUCAAAUGUUUGGUGGAAACGUUGGAGUUGGUGGUGCCUCGACAAAUCAACAAGAUAAUGAUGAAGAUUUAAACCUUGAUGAUUUUCCCGAUCCAGGAGAUACUUAA